AUAAGAGGAGCUGCGCGAUGUCAACAGUAGAGAACAAGGAACCACACAAAGGAGACACACACACACACACACAGAGGAACUAGUUCACCACACUUUUUAAACUUUAUUCUUACUGACGUCACCGCCCGGAGCGCAGGAUGCCGUUCCUCGGACAGGACUGGAGGUCACCGGGUCAGAGCUGGGUGAAAACCGAGGAGGGAUGGAAGAGGACAUCAGCUGACGACACCAACAACAAUGUCUCCGUGGAGAGCUACUGCAAAGCCGAGCAGGAGGAGUGUUUCACCAAGGAGAACCUGCUGCUUUCCUUCGGCUACGACAUGGCUGCCAAGAAGAGGAAGAAAGACUUCAUGAACAACAACUCCAAGGUCCCCUAUUUCCACAUGGAAAAGUGGAUUUAUGUUCAUAAAGGAAGCACCAAGGAGCGCCACGGAUAUUGUACACUGGGAGAGGCCUUCAACCGCUUGGAUUUCUGCAGCGCCAUCAAGGACACCAGGAGAUUUAAUUACAUCGUCAGACUCCUGGAGCUUAUCGCCAAGUCCAAGCUCCCCUCGCUUAGCGGAGUGGCGCAGAAGAAUUACAUCAAUAUUCUGGAGAAGGUGGUGCAGAAAGUCCUUAACGACCAGCAGAACGUCCGUCCGAUCAAAGAGCUGCUGCAGACGCUGUACGACUCGCUGUGUGAUCUGGUUCAGGACAUGGGCAAGUCCGUCCUGGUGGGCAACAUCAACAUCUGGGUGCACCGCAUGGAGCGCAUCCUGCAGUGGCUGCUGCAGCUGGACAACAUCCAGAUCAGCAGGCCUGCAUCUACAGGCAUGACUCUGAAGGACCUGCCUGUCAACCUGCAGCUCAACAUCAUGGAGCGUCUGUCCGACGGCAGGGACCUGGUCAGCCUGGGCCAAGUGUGUCCCGAGCUGGGGACCCUCACCGAGGACCGGCUGCUGUGGAAGAGACUCUGCCAGCACCACUUCACAGACAGACAGAUCCGAAAGCGCCUGAUGGUGUCGGAUAAAGGUCAGCUCGAGUGGAAGAAGAUGUACUUCAAGCUGAGCCGCUGCUAUCCUCACAGAGAACAAUACAGUGACACCCUGCACUUCUGCUCACACUGUCACAUCCUCUUCUGGAAGGACACGAACCACCCGUGCACGGCCAACAACCCAGAGAGCUGCACCAUGCGCCUCUCCCCUCAAGACUUCAUCAACCUUUUCAACUUCUGAUUCCACAUGAACUGACUGUACAUACUGUACAUAGAAAUGUACGAUAUUGUUUUUUUUCGUUAACGGCACAAUUCCUGGAUGUAUGUUUAGUGGAGGUGUGACUCUUAUGCAUUCGAGCUUUGCUUUGGAAGACGCGUCGGGCAGGGUUCACUGUUGAAAAGCGAGCGAAUGUGACGGAGAGGUAAAGAGACGUAGAAGCAGUCGUCCUCAUGAUGGAUGAGAGGAGAGCAGGGGGGGAAAGGGAACACUCAGCUGUCAGAGUCUUAGUUCAAUGUGGCUUUUUGGAAAUGGACAUACGUCUCUCGACCUUAGCUGUGUGCACUUGUUUUUUUUCCCCAGUUUGGAGAUUUUCUUUUAUUCUUGGUUUUCAAACCUUGUAAUUGUUCUUUUCGACGCGGGAGGUAGGGACAGUAUUUGAUAUGAUUGAAAUGCUCAUUUUGUUCAGUAAGACAUUACGAAGCCUGCUCAUGUGGGCAAGGAACGUGUCAGGUGGCGUUUGCAGCAAUAUUGUUCGGCAGAUGUAAAUCGUGAAUUGCUGCAGAACCUAAGAGAUGAUGAAUGUAAGUAAAUUAAGUUGGUAAUUAA